AAAUGCAAUUGCGUCAUCAAACCGCGUCUAGUGCAGUAUGGCAAACGGACAUGUGAGAAAAUAGCCCAACAGACUGUAUAUAAAACUUUAAAGGACCGAAAUUACGAAUCUGAACGGGGAUGAUAGAUAGUCAGUGUUAAUAUUUUUCCAAUGCGGGAUAGAAAAAAAUCAUCUAGGGUCGUUUCAUCUUGCUGUUGACAUGUCUCUGUUUCUUGUGAACAGGUAUCUUGGAGAGGAAGACGAUGGGAGCGUCUCGAGGGAGUCUCGGUCUCAGGCGUUACUGGCUAAACUGCAGCAAAAGGCAAAAGAAAAGCAGAAACAGAGUUUGACAGAACAGAGACAACAAUUACCUGAAGAACAGACAGUACAGCAGAAUGUCAGAAAGAAAAGAAAAGCUGACAAGGACAGCAGUCAGGAGCCUCAACACCACAAAAAGAGAAAGUCAGAAGUAGUGCCUUUGCAUGUUUUGGACUCUGAAAAUCACGAUGAGCCUGUCAAAGAAGAGAAGAAGAAGGAGAAAGGUGUAAAUGAAACACAGAGGAAGAAGAACCAGUCAGACAGUUCAGUUGAAGGUCUUUCAGACACUCAUGUGACUGGAAGAGAUAGACAGGAGGACACAGCAGAAGAGGAAGCAGAGGAAGCAGCAGAAAAUGACUCCACAGAGAAGACUUCUGCUCCAGCUGGAUUCACAGUGGUGGGAGCAUUUGAGAACAAACCUGUCCAAAAGGUACACAGAGUCCUGCCUCAGUGGCUCGCUCAGCCCGAUGUGAUUCACAGAGACAUUAAAAGCAACCUGGUCCCUGUCUCUGACAUCUCAGGGCUUUGUGCUCCACUUGUGAAAAAACUACAAAAUAAUGGAAUUCAGCACUUCUUUCCAGUGCAAGUAGAAGUCAUCCCAGCCAUCUUGGAGAGCACGCAGCAGGGGCUGCUGAUUGGAUGUGGUGGUUAUAAGCCCAGAGAUAUCUGUGUGUCUGCACCAACAGGCAGUGGCAAGACUCUUGCAUUCGUCAUACCUGUCAUACAGGUGCUAAUGAAGCGGGUGGUGUGUGAAGUCCGGGCUUUGGCUGUUUUGCCGACUAAAGAGCUUGCUCAGCAGGUUUGCAAAGUGUUCACAUCAUACGCUGAGGGAACUACUCUGAAAGUGGUGAUGCUGGCUGGGCAGAAGUCCUUUGCUGCCGAACAGGCUUCACUCUCAGAACACAGAGGGGGUGUGAGACGCACUUUAGCAGACAUUGUUGUGGCCACUCCAGGUCGACUGGUUGAUCACAUCAACAAGAAUUCAGGAUUCUGCCUGGAACACCUUAGGUUUCUUAUCAUUGACGAAGCGGACAGAAUGAUUGACAGCAUGCACCAAUCUUGGCUUAGUCAGGUGGUGAGGGCUGUGUACAGAUCAGGAAGCAGAUCUGAAACCAUGUCCAUCUUUAAGAGGGCUGAGCCAGCCUAUGUUACAGCAGCCAGCCUGUCUCCACCUCAGAUGCCACUGCAGAAGCUGCUGUUUUCUGCCACACUCACUCAAAAUCCAGAGAAGCUGCAGCAGCUGGGCCUCCACCAGCCCAGACUUUUCAGCUCCAUCCACAGUCAUUCCAGCACCACACCAGCAGCCCCCACCCAGAAACAAGACCGCUUCGACUUCCCCCAAGGUCUGACGGAGUAUUAUGUUCCCUGUACGUUAAGCAAAAAGCCCCUCCUCAUCCUUCACUUCAUCCUGCGUAUGAAGCUCAGCCCCAUCCUGUGUUUCACCAACUCCAGAGAGACUGCACACAGGCUUUUUGUGCUGCUGCAGCUCUUUGGUGGAAUUCAUGCUGCCGAGUUCUCUUCCCGACUCUCUCCUGGUGAGAGAAAGAGGACGCUGAAGGAAUUCGAACAAGGAAAGAUCCAACUGUUGAUCAGCACAGAUGCAGCUGCCAGAGGCAUCGACAUCAAUGGAGUCAAAUGUGUGGUGAAUUAUGAUGCACCACAGUACAUCAGGACGUACAUUCACAGGAUUGGAAGAACAGCAAGAGGUGGGAAAGCAGGGCUGGCCUUCACCUUUCUGCUUGGAGUACAGGAGAAGAACUUCCUUCAGAUGGUGGUGGAAGCAGGAAGCCCCGGAAUUCAAAAGCAAGUUGUUAAACCUGAGAACCUCAAGAGUAUGGAAGCUCGAUAUGAGCAAACACUGCAAGAGCUGGCUAACGUUAUCAAGGAUGAGAAAACCCGAUAAUGGAGCAACACUGACAUUCUCCUCCGAACUGAUGCCUGUGCCUUAUAAAGAUCACACUGCAUUUUUAUGUGCUGUAGUAACAUGUGCAUCUCUGUGAAUAAUGGCAGAAGAAAAAAAUGAUUAAUGAUUAAUUAUUAAAGACAAAUUGUAAUUUGCUCUCCUUCCCAUUAGUCUGUCAGUCUUAGAGAAAACAAGAGUGAGAAGAAUAUAGUUCAUACAUAGAAAGCUCUGUGGUGGCUAUACCCACAUAAAUACACACAUUAUGACAUGAAUAAACAUAUGUAUAAAUUCAGAAACUAUAGUCAUGUACUAUUUGUGAUAUAAAGAUAACUAAUUGAAAUGAAGUGAUAUUUCAUCAUGUUUUUUAUGUUUGUUUUUUUUUGUUUGUUUCAUUGGAAUAAAAAUAUAAAACUUUU